AUGGCCAAAAAAGGUGGAAAGAAGAAGCUGCAGAAAGCCAGGGCCGAGAAUGGCGCCGAAAGUAAUCCCGAAAACGCUUCCCAAAACGGAAACUUCGACCAGCCCUCGUCCACCGAGUCUAACUUAGACUCAACAGGGUCUACUGAAGAAAGAGACAAUGACGACGAUGACGAAUUUGCCGAUUCCCACGAGGCACAUACUCAGGAGGAUACUACGGUCUUGGAGGAGCCCGUGGCAGAAGAAUCUGUUGCUCCUGGAGCUUUCCCGGCGGAUCCAGAACCAGAAACUACCAUAGUGGAAGAUACCACGUUACCUCCAAGAGAUGGAAUCCAUACCGUUGUGGAAACUGGGUUAUCUAAAAGUGAUGCUCCGCCUACAGAGGCCCCUUCGUCGUUGCUUGCGGCCAGACAGAACGAGAUUACCAUUAAGUUUGACUCGAAGGAUGCUGCUGCCCGUUCAGCCAUUGAGUCUGGUCGUGAGAGCAUUGUAAAGACUUUCAAUGGCAUUAAGAGCACUAUAGGAUCAGCGCCCGAGCUUAUGGGCGGCGUGGAUAUCGAUUGGGACUUCUGGGCACGUGUUGUUGAAAACUACGACGAGUUAGUCCAGGAGGAACCGCAGUCGGUGCAGCGUGCUGUGGCAGAUGGUAUUCCUAAAGAGUUUAGGGGUAUUGUGUGGCAGCUCGUGAGUCGUUCGAAGAACCUUCAACUCGAGGAGCUCUACUUCCACUUAAAGAAUGAACAGUCUGUCCAUGAACGGGCGAUCAAGAGAGACUUGUCUCGUACGUCGUUCUUUACCAACGUCAAUGCUGCCAAUAAGGCUGACGAAUUGUUCAAUGUGAUCAAAGUAUAUUCGCUUUUCGACCCUGACGUCGGGUACACUCAGGGCAUGGUAUUUAUUGUUGUGCCGUUGGUGAUGAACAUGAACGAGGCUGAGUGUUUCUGUUUACUUGUCACCUUAAUGAAGGACUACGGCCUUCGGGAUUUGUUCUGUCCAGAAAUGCAAGGCUUGCACUUGUUGCUUCACCAGUUCGAUCGUUUGCUUGAACAGUGUCUGCCUAUUUUAUAUAACCAUUUGGUGCGCCAGGGCAUUCGACUGCUGAUGUACGCAUCCCAAUGGUUCCUAACGUUCUUUAGUUAUAAGUUCCCAUUGGAUGUGGUGUUAAGGAUAUUUGACAUGGUCAUAACUCAGGGCAUUGAAGCUGUGCUUCGUUUGGCGGUGAAUUUGAUGUUGCGCAAUGAAUCGAACUUGCUUCGACUCAACUUUGACGCUCUUCUUGAAUUCUUGAAGCUCAAUCUUUUUAAUAUUUAUGUCAGUGAUGAAUUUGUCGCUUCGGCAGAGAAGCCAGAAAACAAGAGAUUCUCUCUUUUGGGCCGCAAGAAUACCACCAAAACCGGUGCAAACUAUUAUAAACUUGAUGCUUUCGUGAAGGAUGCUAUGCUUGUGGAUGUAUCUCCUGCUGAUAUUAACCGUUUCAAGGCAGAAUUCCAGCUUCUAUGUGAGAAGGACGCUGCCAGAACCGAGGAGAUCGAGGAGUACAGAAAGAAGAACGGCGAAUUGCGCUACGAAAUCAAACAGCUCGAGACCGAAUUCUACACCAUCAACAAAGACCACAUGAACGUGGUUCAGGAAUUGGUGAACACAAAGGUCGUGUUGCCUGACGUUCUAGGCGACAUUGAAGAGCUAGAAGCACAGGCCAUCUCGCUUGAGAAGGAUAUCCAAGAGCUAGAAGCCAAGGUUGAGAAACUGAGCACACUGCUUCCGCAAGACGUUGACUCGAAGAUCCAGGAUCUUUUAACGGAAAACGCUAAAGAGACAGAGAGGUUUGCCGAGCUCGAGGAGAAGUUCCACGAGUUAUCGAUAGAGAACAAGAACGUUGACGCAGAGUUGAAGCAGAGAGGUGGGAAGAAGUGGUUUUGGUAA